AUGUCAUACAUUGUGAACGUCCUACGGUCUGCGGCGCUUGACUCCUUCGAGAAUUUGAAUAGGCCUUCUGUGCUUCCUGCGCUGCCCGUUCUCGACCAACUCUUACUUCUCGUCGAGCCCUCCCAAAGGCUACUAGGAGAAAUUGGCAGUCUGGCAGUCGCUCUGUACGACAUGGAGGUAGAUCAGAUGCAGACCGCCGAGUCAGAGCAGCUUUCCACUACCGAUGGCACACACGAGGACGGAGAUUACAGUGGGGGCAGUGGAGGCAGUGGGGGCGCAAGCUCAUUUGGAAAUCGCGGACCGGACGGCAGUCGCUCAGAUCGACACCACUCCUCGAUGGGCGAAUCGAGCCGUUUCAGCUCUUCAGUGGACACCUCGCUUGAUUCGCAGAUGACGGAGGGCAUAUUGAACGCCGCAACUUCUUCUUUGCAGCUCGGGAGCAAGGCUGCUGCGGAUGUCCCCCUCAAUUCGGAUAGCGCCGAGUCAGAGUAA